AUGGAGGGAAAGGCAGAUUAUCAGCAGAGUGUGGUGAAGCUGGUGGCUGCGUUUGAAGACCACUGCAGGAACAGCACAUCUGCCCAGAGGGACAAACAGGCAGGCAGCCAGCUUCCAGCAUUCCAUGCCAGCCAGAGCCACUCCCUGACCAGAAAGGAGGAUGAGGAGGAGAAGGAUCAGCAAGGUCAACGUGGACUCAGCUUCAAAUGCCUCCGUUCUCUGCGAUCCAAAAUCCGUGAGGACAACUGGAGGAGGCCACAGGGCCCAGGCCUGGAGCCUGGCAGCCAGGAACCAGAGGAAAAAAAAAUCGCCCUGGAGCUGCUGGAGACAGAGCAGGCUUAUGUCAACCGCCUCCAUCUCCUUGAUCAGGUAUUCUAUACAGAGCUGAUGAAAGAAGCCAAAACUGGGAAGACGGUCCCAGAGGAGGUGGUGAAAAUGAUCUUUUCCAACAUCUCCUCCAUCUACCAGUUCCAUGCUGAGUUCUUCCUGCCAGAGCUGCAGAAGCGCAUGGGGGAUUGGCACCACAACCCCCGCAUUGGGGAUGUCAUCCAGAAGCUUGCACCCUUCCUCAAGAUGUACGGGGAGUAUGUGAAGAACUUUGACAAGGCCGUGGAGCUCAUCACUGCCUGGUCAGAGAAAUCACCCCCCUUCCAGGAGCUCAUUGCUGACAUCCAGAAGAGGAAGGUCUGUGCUAACCUGACGCUCCAGCACCACAUGCUGGAGCCUGUGCAGAGGAUCCCGCGCUACGAGCUCCUCCUCAAGGAUUACGUCCGGAAACUCCCGCCCCAGUCCCCCGACAGAGGCGAUGCCGAGAAGGCCCUGGAGAUGAUUUUUAUGGUGGCCAAGCACUCCAAUGCAGCUAUUGCCGAGAUGGAACGGCUGCAGAACCUCUGGGUGGUCUAUCAGAGGCUGGGCCUCGAGGAUGACAUCGUGGAUCCCUCCAAUGAGCUGAUCAAAGAGGGGCCAAUCCAAAAAAUCUCCACCCGCAACAACAGCACAUCGGAGAAGUACCUGUUCCUGUUCAACAACAUGCUGCUCUACUGCGUGCCCAAGGUCAUCCAGGUGGGCGCCGAGUUCCAGGUCCACCUCCGCAUGGAUGUGGGGGGCAUGAAGGUGCGGGAGCUGAAGGACGCUGAGUUCCCUCACACCUUCCUGGUCUCGGGAAAGCAGCGGACACUGGAGCUCCAAGCCAGAUCUGAGGAGGAGAUGAACGACUGGAUCCAGGCCUUCCAAGAUGCCAUUGACAGGAAGGAGAAGAGGAGUGAGACCUUUAAGACAGCAGUCCAUGGACUGGAGACAGACACCCCUGCACUGAAGGCAGAGGAGCUGGGCCGCCGAGCCCCGCAGUGGGUGAGGGACAAUCUGGUGACCAUGUGCAUGCGCUGCAGGGAGCCCUUCAACGCCAUCACCCGCCGGAGGCACCACUGCCGAGCCUGUGGAUAUGUGGUGUGUGCUCGCUGCUCUGACUACAAGGCCGAGCUGCAGUACGAUGGGAACCGCCCCAACCGCGUCUGCCAGGAGUGCUUCAUCUUCCUGACCGGCCACACGGUGCUGGAGGACCGCGAGGGGAAGCACAAAGGCAUCCUGGAGAAAGGAGCUGCAGAGGUAUCAAGCAGGAGUUUGCUCUGCAGUUCCCUGCAGCUGCUGGACAAGAACGGCAAGGGGGGCACACGGGGCUGGUUCGUGAUCCCACAGGACGAUCCCCUUGUGCUCUACAUCUAUGCAGCCCCCCAGGACGUCCGAGCCCACACCUCCAUCCCCCUGCUGGGCUAUCAGGUGCGGGACAUGCCCCAGAGCGAGUCCCGGCACCUGUUCCAGCUGGUGCAGUCCCGGCAGGUGUUCACCUUCGUGGCCGACACUGAGGAGCUGAAACAGCGCUGGAUGAAGGCCAUGGCGCGCUCUGCUGCGGGGAUCACGGAGGAGGAGGAGGAGGAGGAUGCAGAUGAAGCACAAUGAGGCCAU